CGAGGCGUCACCAUCUGUCAUCCAGCAGCAGCGGCGUCUGCGCGGAUCUCCUCCCAUUGUAGAAACAGCUGUAGACCAUGAACCGUGGAGUCCGGAUCUGACACGGAUAACCUGGGCAUCGACUUGAAGUCUGGGUGGGCAGCAAACUGGCAGGACUAGAAAGCAUCAUUUUUCAAAAUAUAUAUAAAUAUAUAUUUAUAUAUAUAUUAAUUAAUUAAUAAAAAUAGAUAAAUAAUUUUCUUGAGUGAAGAUUAUUUUAAUAGAAUCUGCUUCCACAUCAGCUACGAUGGAGAACCGGAUUUUUUACACGCUGUGUUUACUGGCGGUCCUGGAGUCCAGCUGGAGUCACUUUCAAUCUGAAGGUCAGGAAAGAGCCGUGCGUCAAGGUGCCGAAGUCUCUCCGGCUGCAGAGCAGCGCGUCUUUGCGCAAGAAAGCGUGAACCGGGACAUGGUCACCAUCAACAUGUUCAAAGUUUACGAGAAGUACAGUAAAGAGCCGCAGAGCCAGAAGGAAGGAAACACCGUGAGAAGUUUUAAAGCUGUUCCGAGAGUCUCACAGGGCAGAGAUGUGUUCCAGUUCAACCUGUCCUCAAUCCAAAACUCCGAGCUCAUCCUCUCCGCCUCUUUUCACUUCUUCUACAAGAGGCCCCGCCACCACCAGAGACCGGCGUGGCGUUUCCGAACACCUCGCCUCCCGUCUGGAGGCGUCCAACAUCCCGACCCUGCUCAUUCGCGGCUCCUCUUCUAUGGGUCGUCCCUAAACUCGGCUUUUCUGACGCCUCUGGGAAACGUAACUCUGUCUCCUUUCAAGAAAAGCUCUUGGCAAACGCGGGAUGUAACUGCAGUGCUGAAACAUGCCAGAGAUGUCAAAGAGCUUGUGGUCAUGGUGGAGUUUGAUAUGGGAUUUGGGGGGGCUCGGGUACAGCAGAGGAGCCCUCAUGGCCAAGAACGCCUCUCACCAGCCAACCUGCCAUAUAUCUUGGUGUAUGCCGAUGAUCGAGCUAUAGAUGAACCAAACAGCGUGGCCAUGUCACUUCAGAGGUACGGGUCUUUUCCAGCAGGGGAUGACUCAUCCGUCUCAACGUCAGCCUCGAGGAUUCGGAGGGAGCUUCAUCUACAGAUCCAAACCAACAACAUCCCGGAGGCGCACUUCAAUAACCUGAAGAACCACGAACUGUGGCAGAGCACAUAUUUCCCAGCAAAAGCAAAAACCGUGGUCAAAACGGGAAGAAAGCAGGGCCUGGUAAGCAGCGAGGGCCUGAGCAAGGCACAAGUGCUGAGCUUUGAUGAGAGGACGAUGAAGAAGGCCAGGAGGAGACAGUGGAGUGAGCCCAGGGUUUGCUCCAGGCGCUACCUCCGGGUAGACUUUGCAGACAUUGGCUGGAGCGAGUGGGUGUUGGCGCCAAAGGCGUUUGAUGCCUACUACUGCGCCGGGACCUGUGGAUUCCCCAUACCUAAAGUGGCACGUCCUUCCAAUCACGCCACUAUCCAGAGCAUUGUCAGAGCUGUGGGAAUUGUCCCUGGUGUGCCUGAGCCAUGUUGUGUUCCAGACAAGAUGAGCCCCCUCAGCGUCCUUUACCUGGAUCCGAGCAGGAACAUGGUGCUAAAGGUUUACCCAAACAUGUCUGUGGAUACAUGCGCCUGCCGGUAGGGCCGGAGCUGCAUGAGCUGCUGGAAACUGUGAUCAAUGAAGAUAGGAGACAAUGAAGACAAAGGAAGUGUAGACUCAGCGUGUAACAGGAAGCUCGUGUCAGAUGGAAGAACAGUUGUUGAGAGAAACAGUGAGAAUAACUGAUACGUACAGAAUUUUCUUCCGAGACCUUGGCCUUGUUUGGUGUCUGCCAGGAUUGGACAUUGCCUUAAGUAUUUUUCUGCUUGUCUAACAGUGUUCAUAGAUCCCUUUCAUCCAAGUUUAUUUUCUGAAAAUGCUUAGGUGCCCUUAAAGAAACACGCGUUUGUAUAACUUAUAAAGUAGAUCAAGCUCCCAUUGAUCCUUAAAAAGCUUUUUUUUUUUGGAUUUGGAGCAGUUUAUAAAGUUUUUUUUCUGUGUCAGGUUUUAGAAGGAUCUUGUUUUGCCAUCACCUUGGACUCAGACUUAACUGGACUUGGUUUGGGAAUCUGCUCAGACUCCUCAAAAGAGCUCAAAAUAAGCCGGAUUUUAGCAGCUAAUCAAAUGUUCUGAACUUUGGUCAAACUGAUAAAGAAGAACUUUGGACACAGAUGCUACAUGGCAGCAUAUUCAUAUUCUCAGUUACCCGACAUUUGUCAUGGAAAUCAUUACACAUGGACACUAAGUGGUACUUAGUGAUGUGGCGUUUGAGUUUAGCUCUUUAUCAUGCAUGAGAGGUCAUAUCUUCUUCAAACUAUAUUUCAGCAACUAUUUGUUUAUAUCUUGUAUAUAAUGAGUGUAUUUUGUCAUACGGCGACUGUUAAUGCAUUGAAAGCAGGGUUAAGCCGUUCACAGACCACACAUAAACAGUGCGCUGCUGCCACCUGCUGUGCAUUUUGUUCAGUUGAAAGGAUGUCAAACUUUCUGUACUUCCUGUGUUUAUUCACUGCUUCCCUUAAAUACUAAAACAUUAUUUAUCCAUAAAGACAUGUACAGUUUUUAAUGUGUACAGUAAUGAAAGUAGAUUUCCACAGUAACUAAAGGAGAUAUUGCUAAACUGUAAUCAAAUAUUAAUGGGAUGUGUUGAUUUAAUAGACCACAGACUUGGUGUAUGCUUGGUAUAAAAAUAAACUGAAUUGUACAUACUGUCAGAAACACUUGUUAACUUAGGUUUUUAUGUAUUAAAGUAUGUAUACAUUGGAGUCAUACCUAACCAUAACAUGCAGUACUUCUCAUCAUGUAACAUUAAAUUACAUGUAUGAAGACGGAGGGAAAAAAUUAAACGUUUUGCUUCAGAGGAA